GUGCUAAGUGACUGACGGGCAGGGCUAGGCAGGAUAUCAUUCAGACCCAUCAGAAAUCCUGGAUUGUGUGUGGCUUGUCAAGUGAUGUUUUCUUUUCACAGCCCAUACUAGCCUUAGUAGUUGUAGAAACGGAGCUUAGCAUGCAAGCUAUGAGUCGUAGUUAAAAAAAGGCUCGGCUAUAUGUCUCUGGUGGACUACAUUAAGCUUAUUUUGCACAUUUUUAAUAGCAGGUUCAGCACAAGCGAGGCACACUGGAUAGGCUGCAGUCAAUGGAGAGUCUGUCAAAAACAGCCGCUUCUGAUGCCCCGCGGGAGACGCUCUAUCCACGGCCACCCAAUGGAGUUGUAUCUGACAGCCUGUCACUCACAUCUUAUAAAGAUUACCCCUCUCACCGUCCCUUCAUCAACACACAUGUGCAUCACACUCCUCAAACACGCACACAUCAGUCAUUUCUCUCAUCAUCACCCAGCAAGGCAUUCCCAGAGACCAGCAGUUCAGCGAUCCUCUCUGCCCUGAGGAACCUCCAGGAGAAGAUCAGGAGGCUGGAGAUGGAUAAAGGAAAAGCUGGACUCAGGAUACACACUCUGGGGCAAGAUGCAUCACACACCCAUCUGCAGAGUGAAAGAGUUUCAAGGAGAAUUUUAAGUGAUCAGAUAGCCACACAAAAAGAAAGAGGAGACCAGUCUGACUGCAAUCAAGUGUUAAUCGGCCACCUGGCUGCUGCAGAGUCUCGCUGUGCAAAGUUGGAGAGACAGCUGGAUCACAUGAAGAGGAUGCUGCGUAGUGCCAAGGCAGACAGAAGCAGCCUGCUCAAACAGCAGGUUUCCAUGGAGACAGCCAAGUCAGCUGAUAAACUGUCUGAUCCAGUGUCUGAGCAUGCCCAGUUGGAGAAGCUUGAGCGACUGGAGCAGGAGUAUCUUCGGCUGACACGCACACAAAACAGUGCAGAGAUGAAGAUUCGGGGGCUGGAGAUGAAACUACUGGAGGAGGAGCACCAGAGGAAGCUGGUUCAAGAUAAGGCCAAUCAGCUGCAGACAGGUUUGGAGGCCAAUAGGAUUCUACUGCAGUCAGUGUCACCUCGCCUGUCUUCUAGACAAUCCAAAGAGAAGAAGUCGGAUUCAAAGAAACAGUCAUUUCCAUCACCACAGCUAUCACCCUGCACACAGCCACACUACAGACUGAGCCUCAAGGAUGUUCCUUUUGUGGCUGGAACGUCAGUGGGCUGCAGCCACUCAGUCCGAGCUAACGUCCAGUCAGUUCUGUCUCUCCUGAAGCAACACCAGCCUCACCUCUGCAACAGCCGCGUCCUCUCCAACAGUUAUGAGACGGCGGAGAAUCGCAGGCACUCCAACUCUUCUUCUUCUUCAUCCUCUGCUAGUGAAGAGGAGCUUUCGGAGCUGCUGCAGGCACUGCAGGAGGAGCUGCGACUCAUGAGCUUGGAGCAGGACGAGUUAAUACGGCAUGUGGAGGCCAGUGUAACUGGAGGGGAGAGAGGAGAGCUUCAGAGGGAGCAGGAGAGGCUGCUGCUGAAGAUGGAGAGGAAAGGAGAGCAGAUCAGUAAGCUCUACAAACACAAGACACAGAUGAAGAAGUUUAGAAAGGAAGCUGACUCCAGGCGUAAUGAGGUGAGAGUAACAACCACUGUGUCCACUAGAGGUCGCUCUGCUGGAUCAGUCAAAGCUCGACCAGGAGAGAGAAGCAGGAGGAACCUGAAGCUGCUGAGGGACAUGAAGGCUCUACAGACUUCAUUACAGACCUGAAACCCACCAGGACAUGGCCACAGCCUGCUGGGUUCACCUUACUGGCUCUACAUACAUUCCUGCAACCAUGAUGUCACCACACACAUUGCCACUGAAUAAUGUGACUAGUGAAUAAUACUGACCGGCCUGAAAGAAGUGUCCUUUCUUGAAUAUAUAACAUAUCCGUUAUAUCACAUAUAUAACAUCCGUUGAAAACUCAUUUUCCCUUACUGUAUUAGAACAUAUGUAGCAACUCUUAAGAGACUGUGUUUAUCAGUCUAAGUGCAUUUUAUCAUAGCAGUUACAUUUUUGUCCGUCCAGUCAUUCUAGUGUCUAACAGCCAUACAAAAUAUGUUCAUUUAUAGUCGACUCUUUCUUCAGCUUUCCCACGUAAGAAGCUGUGUUUUUAUAUUUCAUGGAGCUAUUGCCUCAAACAUCUGUAUGAAUCUUUAUUUUUUUAAACUUCAUGGUUAAAUAUUUACCAGCAGAGGGCAGAAAUUCUCAAAACUUGUACCUCAUCUUUUUGUGCAAGUAAGGAUGCAAUCUGGCUCAAAGUUUUCUGGGUAUUUCUAAAAUGUAUAGUAAUAAAUGAGUCCCAGAAAAUACAUAAAGUGCUGAAAUAUUUUUAUAGUAAAGCCAACUCCUCAGGAUGCUGAAACAUUCCCUGUUUGCCUGAUAGUCACAUAUUGUCAGAUUUUAUGAAGUGGUCUGUGGUGAUGAAAUGGUUUGAUACAUAUUUUUGUCCUCAAGAAAACUACACUGUGCUGUAUUUUGUUACAAAGACUGAAUGACCUUGAUAGGUCAGAUUUAUGAGUGUAUACACACGUGCUGUUAAAUGAGAAUAUUUGUAUUUAUUACUUUAGGUGUGUGGAUUCUGGUGUUUUUUGACAAUCAUGAGUGCACUAUUUUUUUUGCUUUGGUGACGAAGUAAAUCAUCCCCUGAACAGAACAAUAGCACUGAAAGUAUCUGUUUUGUAUCUCAUUCCUGUAACAUGAUUUAUUGUACAUAUUUAUUUCAUAAUGUUUUUCUUCUACAAGUUAUUUUAGUGAUGUCAGUAUCAUAAUUUCAGAUUUGGAUAAAUAGGCCUGCAUUAUUCCCCUCAGUACAAGAAAAGAAGGCCGUCAGCAUUGGCAGUAAUCGCAGAAGUCACCAGACAAUGACACAAAAUCCAACAAGCAUGGACUUAAGAAAUCGGGAGACUGAACAUUGUUCCAACAACUAUAUAAAAAAUAUAUAUUUUUCCUUGUAAAUUUGCAGCAUAUCUGUAAUAACAUUCUUACAUAUCACAGUGCAUUUGGUGAAUACGAUAUCUGAAAUUUUAAAUAUCUGAAAUAGAGAACCUAA